UGCUGUCGUAUAAUCAACGGAACAUGGCUGCUGCAAUAUCCAGCCCUAUCCUAAUACACCAAAUAAUAUAAAGGUGGACACAAAAAAAAAUUAUAACAUCGAGCGCGUUUAAGAUAGAUGCGUUUAAGAUAGAUACGUUUACAUAUAUUUUUGGGGAGGGGGAGUGCGUGUGUAUGUGUAUGAGAGAGAGCGAAAGAGCAAGAGAGAGCGAGCGUAAGCGUGCGUGUGUGUUCUGUUGAGAAGGGAAAUAAAAAAGACAGGAGACCGGGGGCAGCCAGCUCGAAGCUCCAAGCAGCACCAAGCCAUGGAGGGCGAUGUGCGUGUGCGAGCAGUAGUGAUGACACGUGACGAUUCUAGUGGUGGCUGGGUGCCCCUUGGAGGUGGAGGCCUCAGCAAUGUUGUCAUCUGUAAAGGAAGGAGUUCUGAAAGCCAAGCCCAGAAGGACUAUCUCAUACGUGGAGAGCGGCUGCGCGAUCGAGCACCCGUGCUUGAAUGUGCCAUUCAAAAGGGUCUGAUCUACAACAAGGUGAACCCCAUAUUCCAUCACUGGCGUGUGGAGGAGAGGAAGUUUGGCCUGACCUUCCAGAGUCCAGCUGAUGCCAUUUCUUUUGAAAAGGGACUUCAAAUUGUCCUUGACAGGCUGGACAAAGGCUUUGACUCUCCUUCUUCCUCCACAACUGAGGAAGGAGACACAGAAGAUGAUGGCCAAACAUCUCACACAGGCAGUGAAUCAUCCUCCAACAGCAGAAAGGAGAUGUUACCCAAGCCCAUAACCAUAGUCACUAGCGAGUCGUCUACUUGCUUUGUCCGCUCCGCAGAGGAAUUUGGAUAUGGGGAAGGGCAUGCCAUCACCAUUCAGACCCCUGGACAGGUGAAUAGGCGGUCCUGCCAGCACCAGCUUUCCCAAGCAUCAGUUAUGUUGAACCCUCCAGCCCCUCCUCCUCCUCCUCCUGCUCCCCCAACCUCUCCUUUAGCACCCCCAGCCUCCUCACCCCUGUCCUCACUUUCCCCUACCGUGUCCUUACUGGAGGAAGGUGACCUACACAAUAUAGAUCCAUGCAAGGAUUUAUGGGGCUCACGGGGAUAUGAGGACUACCGACGUGCUGAGGCCACACGGACAAAAGUUGGGGGCCUGACAGGAGGUGUCAUGGUAGGAAGUGGUCCAGAUAAGUCAGAACUGUGUGUGGUGCACUUUGAGAAAGAACUACCUAGUGUAGGUACUUCAGGCUGUGAGGUCACUGUUAUAAUGGACACCAAAGGGUCUCGGCGCCACUCCUCCUCACCAACCUGUAUGCCUAAUGCUAUGUCCGGAGCAUCUCCUGUAAGUGGCUCCCCACAGGAGACAGGCAAAAGUUCACCCUCACCAUGCUGCAUCCAUACUUCACUUGCCACACCUCGCUCUCGGACUCGCAAAAGAGGGGGCAGUGGGACCAGUGGGGGGGGGGAUGUCAUCUCACCUGAUGAUGACAGCCCAUGUCCACAAGGCUCGUCAUCAUGUUCAUCACGCUGUGUGUACUGUCGCUCGGUGUUUAGUGCCUCAGAGAAUGGACGUGGCCGCUGCCGGGAUGCACCAGAUCCAGCUCUACACUGCCUACGUCAGUGGACGUGUGUGUGGUGUGCUGAGAGUCUGCUUUACCACUGCAUGUCAGAUUCUGAAGGAGAGUUCUGGGAGCCAUGUUCAUGUGAAGACUCGCUUGGACGUAGGCCACACCCACUCUGCUGUGCUGGCUGGAUGGCACUGCUGGCAUUGUCACUCUUUGUGCCCUGCAUGUGCUGCUACUUGCCCCUGCGAGCAUGUCUGCGUUGUGGGGAAAGAUGUGGUUGCUGUGGUGGAAAGCACAAGGCUGUGCGAUGAGACCAGGCUGUGAGAGGUUAUAAGGCCACUUAUAGAGAUUGGAGGUAGAGGGAAGGGAAGACACCAAAUGUUUUCAUCUAAAGAAUUGCCAUAGUGCAAGAUCUCUCUCCCCACAAUUCUCUGCUGCAUUCCAUUUAUACUCUACCAGGACCCUUAAUGGUGGUGCCAACACACAAUGCACUGGCACUGACUCUUGUUGAGGCUUAUAGAAGGUGAAUGCUGAAAACACCAAUGUGUAAAGCUAGGUUGUUUUUUGUUUGUUUUUUUAGUCAGAAAGACGAUACAAGACAACAUUACAAAAAUGUAUAUCUUUCUUUCCUUAACAAUGAUGGAUAAUUGUUUAUAUAACAUUUAUUAACAUGCUCCCUUUUACCUCUUUACACAGUUUUGCCUCAAUGUUCCAGACAGGUUAGACAAAAAGAAAAAAUAUGCAGAAAUGCAUUGGCAUACAGAGGCACACUGACUUUGUGUCUUUUGAGCAUUUCUUAUGUAAGUAUGAGAACACUGUUCAGGAAGAUUUUGACAUAACAGUGAGUGGAAGGGUACUUAUAUGAUCACUAAAAUUGCAAUGCACAAACACACUUCAGAAAAUUAAAGUAGUAUUGUAUUUUAAACCAAACCUAUUUUUAAACUUCAAAACAUACCAACAUACCUUUUCAACAUUGGCUUUAAUGUGAAAAUUCAUACAAAUAAUUUAAUUAGUAAUAAAAUUGCAAUUUAUAUUUUUAUUAAGACCUUGUUGAUAAGAACAACUUGGGCCUGGGGAAAUUAAGGCCUGUUACAGAAAAUAUUGUUAAAAAAAAGGUGAAAGUGGUCAAUUGCAUCAAGUAUUUAUCUGCAUAUAAAGAUACAAUCACUCACUUACAUACAGUCAUGUUGUAUACAGAAAGCCAUCCCAGGAAAUGUUUGGCCACAUUUAGUGCCAUUCUGUACAAUCAUACUAAUUUUUCACUAUAAUCAAUUGCAAAGUGAACAUUUUAGUAGUAAUAUACUGUAAAUUCAGAAAGUAUUCAGACCCCCUUCACUUUUUUUUUUCAUAGUUUAUAUUGCAGCCUGAUACUACAAUCUUCAUUUUUCCCCUAAUAUACUCAGUGCCCCAUAAUGACAGUAAAAACAGACUUCUAGAAAUGUCUGUAAAUUUGUUUAAAAAAAAGAACCUUUACACAUUACUUAGUUGAUACUCCUUUGACAGCAAUUACAGCCUCUCUUAAUUAAAGUCUUUUUGGGUAUGCUGCAACAAGCUUUGCACCCCUGGACUGGGGAGGAUUUUCUCCCAUUCCUCUUUGCAAAUCCUCUCAAGCUCUGAUGGUAACAUUUUCAGUUCUCUCCAGAGAUGUUAAACAGGGUUUGGGUCAGGGCUCUGGCUGGACCUUGUUGUCAUGUUGAAAGGUGAACCUUUGGCCCAGUCCUGAGCACUGUGGAACAGGUUUUUAUUGAGGAUAUCUCUGUACUUCGCUGUGCUCCAUUCAGCUUUCCCUCAACCAUGACCAGCCUCCCAGUUUCUGCUGCAAAAAAACCCAUCACAGCAUGAUGCUGCGACCACCAUACUUUACUGUUAAGAUGGUAUUGGAGGAUGAUAAGCAAUGACCGGAAUUCUCCAAAUAUAACAUUUAGAAUCAAGGCCAAACAUAGCAAUCCUUUUUUUUUAACAGAUAAUGAUGGUUCAAUCAGACCAUAGAAUCUUUCUCACAGUCUGAUAUGAGGAAGAAACCUUGAGAGGAACCAGGCUUAAAAGGGAACCCAUCCUCCUUUGGGUGACAAUGUACAGUAAAUAACACAAGUGCAAAUAAUAUAAUUUCUACAAAAGUUUAUUAGUGCAACCAAGAGCUUCUGAGGAACUAGUAGGUCAGAGCAAACUCUGAGUUCCCCAUGGGAACAACACUAAUUAAUUCCUGCCAAAGUAUUCAAAUGACAGCUGAUAAAUUUCAGACCAUACAGCUGACUGAAGCAAAAAUGGUUCAAAAAAGGCAUGACAGUCCCUAUCCGCAGCUAUCCCAUUAGUCACUGGCAGGGUGAUCAAUCAAGGCAGGGUGGUCACCGGGUAACAAGACUCCAACCAGGGGUAGAACGUAAAGAUUAACGAAUUAGGUACAUAAGAAGAGACAAUCAGACCAGGAACUCAGAACACUGAGAGCUCGGAAGUGGCAUGUAUAGCUCAACAGAAAGAGAGAGGAGGGAGAGAGACAGAGAUUGUAAUCAGGUAAUGAACGAUGUACAUUAUGUACAAAGUGCAGACAGGGACUCUGGCAAGACUAGCUAUGACAGCAUAAGUAAAAGGAAGAGCUAGAAAGUGGCAUACAUGAGGGCUUCCUCAUUCCACAGAGCUAAGGACUUAAAGUAAGUUGUCCUAGCCACAUACAGUAUAGUGCAAUAUGUGCAACCUAGUACAAACAGUGUGAGACAAAAGGCAGUACAGAGGGAUGAUACAAAACACUGCAUGUCAAAUACACAAAAUAGAGCCAACCAGUGUGCAUUACAGGAUUCUGAACAAAGAGAGUUAUAAACAAAUAUACACUUGUGGAAUAUCAAUAAUUAAACUUCAAGUGUAGAUGCAAAGGGUUUGAAUACUUAUGUACGUUAUUUUUCACUUUUUUCUUUUUCAUACAUUUGUUUGAAGUUUUAAAGUAUUUGAAGUUAUGAAGUAUUAAGUGAAGAAUAAUAAGGAAAAAUAUAUUUUAACGAUUGUACUAUCAGGGUGCAACAUAAAUAAAUAAAAAAGUGAGAGGGGUAUAAAUUUAUAAUUUCUGAAUUUUUGAAUCCUCUAUAUAAUUUAACUGAUUAUCAGUCAUAUUAAACCAAAUGACUUACACAGGGAUUGUUCCAACAUGAUCUUAAAUUACAUUCAAAUAUGUCUGGCAAAAUUUAUCGUUGAAAAUAUAAAUCUAUUAAUAUAAACGUUGAACUUUUUGCAACUGAAUACAAUGUACAAAAAUGCUCUUCAGAGUAAAGAACUUGGACAAAUAUAAUCAAAGACAAAUCAUGUUAAACACUGCCUGACCACAGACCGAACCUCAUAGCCUCAUAACAAGCAGCUGCUAUUUUUAAAACCAAACCCCAAUUUUUUUUUCUUCUGCUGAAGAUCACACAAACCCCAUUACAGAAUUUGAGGUACUGUAUCAGAGAUACAAAAUCAGUGUGAUGCAAUGUAUGCUGUGUAGGCAUUUUGAUACAAUACUGGAGACAAUGCUAUAAUAGUACCCCAUACUUAUUGAAUCACUACAAUUAUGCAUCAACUUUUGAUCGGAAGUAUUUAGUCAAGUAAAAUGCUUAUAUUGUAAUAGAUUACAUGAAAACAAUGACAUAAAUCACAUGCCCACCUACUAACACUUUUUCUAGUCCUUGAGCUUUCCUACCUGGUUUUGCCCUUUAAUUUUGCCCCACUAUUUCAUCUUAAUAAAUGUGCCUUUUGAUUUGAUUAAUCAAUAACAUAGUUUUAAAGUAACUAUGUACACAAGUACUUACUUUGGGAUCAUUUAUUUCUGCCAAUGUGCAUAUUUUAAUAUGUAUUGACUAGGUUAAAAAAUGAUUACUGAGGAAAAAUGUUUAUUUAUUUAUUGAGAUAUUUAUUCUAAUUAUUUUUGGAGACAGGUUUUUAUUCCUGUGCUAUCUGACUUCUCUGACUCUGUGCCAAUGUGCUGCUUUGAUGUGUUACAUAUUGUGGGUUUGUAUCCUUAAUUAAACCCUCAUUCUAUAUUUUAAUGAUGCACAGAAUAUUUGAAUCAUACGAUCUAUGUCUUGUAUCUUCAUAUAGGUGAUGAUAAUUUUAUAGGCAAAAAGGACUACAGGCUUGCAGUAACUGGUCAGAAAGUUUUGAAAGUAUUAAAUACACUGGAUCUUUCAGGGAAAAGUGUGUUUAUAAACAAGAAACUUCUUUCAAGUGUACUUUCAUAUAGUGAAAAUUGUUAAAUGAACAUUAUUCAAUUAUGUUGAUAAAAAAAAGCACGUGUAAUACAUUUCUGGACAAUUGAAUUUAUAGUUCAGAAAUAGGCAAGAUUAUGAUUCUCAUAGAACUAUGAUUUACAAUUGCACAUCCAGUUUUACACACACAGCUAUAUUUUUCAGAAAUAUCCAAAACUUUUUUUUUUUUUU